AUGUCUUCUACUACGGAUAUUUUGAAACAGAGACACCCUGAGAUCUAUAAAAAGGCCACGGAACAUCAAUUGACCAAGGAGUUGUGUCAAGGUACUCUGUCUGACCGCAACCUGUUUGUUUACUUAGCGCAAGAUGUACAGUUUUUUGAAACAGGAUUGAGGCUGAUCUGUAAAAUUACUUCAGGGGCUCCGGCCGUUGACUCAUUGAUCACACUUGCGAAGAAGAUAGGAUUUUUUGCCUCUGAUGAAAACACAUACUUCAGAGACGCAUUAGAACUGUUAUCAAGCUCAGUGACUCCUGCAGAAAAGACCAAGUUUGAAACAGAACGACUGGACCGUAUCGCUCCAUACGUUGACUUCCUCACUGAGAUGCUGGAGUCAUCCACGAUGAGUUACGCGGAAUAUGUCACGUAUUUGUGGGUUGCUGAGGAUGUGUACUUGAAAUGGGCGCACGAUCUUCCAAAGAAGGAGGGCCUCCACUGGAAGUACCAGACCUGGAUUGACCUCCACGACGGCCAGCAUUUUAUUGAGUGGGUCGAUUUUCUGAGAGAUGAAAUUGACAAGUUCCCAGUUGAUGUUGUUGAGAAGAUGUUUGUCAAAUGUGUUAACUUUGAAUUUGAUUUCUUUGACGGUUGUUACAAUGCUUAA